AUGCUCAGCAAGAAAAUAUUGUUUCUAUUCCGCAAAUACAGCUCCUCUGCCGCUCUACUGGAAGGUAGUGGUCGAAUCGAGCUUGACACUCGUCUCUUGCUCAGCAACCCAACAAAUUUGAAGGAUCUAACACUCGCACAAGCCAAAGCAGCACACGCCCUUCUCUUCAAAACCCACGAAUUAAGCUCAAAUCUCUACGCCGCCAACAGUCUGAUCAUUUCCUACUCGGAAUGCAGUCGCAUGGACUGUGCAUUCAAGCUGUUCGAUGAAAUUCCUCUGAGGAACUCGGUCACAUUGAAUUCGAUGAUUUUGGGGUGUAACAAGAAUUCUCUUUACGGUUAUUCUUGGAGGCUUUUUUGUCAAAUUCAUAAUGUUGGCGCGGAUAUGGAUGAGUUCACUUAUGGCAGUGUUCUUUCUGCUUGUGGCUAUGUGGGAAAUGCAGCCAUUGGUUUACAGGUUUACGGGCUCGUUUGGAAAAACGGGUUCGUAUCUAACGGGUACGUGAGGGCUGCAACGAUAGAUUUGUUCGCCAAGUGUGGUUAUCUUGAUGAUGCUUUGAGGGUGUUACAUGAUGUUGAUAACUGUGAGAAUGUCGUUUGUUGGAAUCAUGUCGUGUCAGGCGCAGUCAAGAGCAAUGACCAUUUGGUUGCGUUGGAUGUUUUCGCGGAGAUGUGCCGUCGUAGCAGUAUUUCCCCGAACUCUUUUACAUUUUCUAGUGCUUUAACUGCUUGUGCUGCAGUAGAGGAGCUAGAGUUGGGGAAAUGCAUCCAUGGGUGUGUCAUCAAGCGCGGUGUUGGUGGUGAUGUUUAUGUCGGAACUGCCAUUGUCGAUCUUUAUGCUAAAUCCGGAGCUAUGCUUGAUGCUGUGAAGCAGUUUAAACUAAUGAAAAUGCUCAAUGUUGUUUCUUGGAAUGUCAUCAUCUCCGGCUUUGCGAAGCAGGGUGAUUGUGUUUCUGCUUUUUCUGUCCUCAAUGAGAUGAGGAAAUCGGGAGAGGAACUAAGCAGUUUCACUGUUCCGAAUGUGCUUUCAGCGUGUACAAACCCCGAUAUGUUUAAAGGAACAUUACAGAUCCAUUGCUGGACUUUUAAGGUUGGGCUUAAUAUUGAUCCUAUAGUCGAAUCAUCUCUUAUAAGUACAUAUUCGAGAAUAGGAGCGGUUUAUUUAUCUGAGAAAGUUUUUGUAGAGAAUGGGAAGAUGAAGGAAGUAGGUGUUUGGGCUAACAUGAUAUCUGCGUUUGUUCAAAGUGGGAGUUACGACAAAGCAAUCAAUUUUUUUCAAGAUAUGUUAGAAAAUGGUACUAAUCCUAAUAUGUACAUUGUUUCUAGUGUCAUAAGCUUGAUAGAUAGUUUAGCUUUGGGGAGACAGGUGCAUAGUUACUCUUUAAAACUCGGUAUGUUGUCUGAAGUCAGCGUAGGCAGUUCGAUUCUGACAAUGUAUUCGAAAUGUCGCAAGUUGGAGGACUCUCUAAAGGCUUUUGAGCAACUUGAGAGGAAAGAUAAUGUUUCGUGGACCUCUAUGAUUAUUGGUUUAGCUGAAAACGGAUAUGCAGAUAAGGCUAUUCGGUUGUUUCAAGAGAUGGGAUUCGAACCCGAUGACAGGAUUUUAGCUGCUGUUCUGAAUUCAUGCUCUGCUCUUCGUUCCUUGAAGUUGGGUAGAGAAGUUCACGCCUUUGCUCUUCGGUUUUGGUCUGGUGGUGAGCAGGCCAUCGUUGAUUCUGCACUAGUGAACAUGUACACAAAAUGUGGUGAUCUCGAUUCAGCUAGGAUUGUUUUUGAUAGGACGCAUAUCAAAGAUCAAGCACUGUGGUCGUCCUUGAUUUCAGGAUACUCUCGAUAUGGACAAGUUGAGGAGGCUCUUGAGAUUUUCCGCAACUUGCUUAUGUCCGGUGUGAACUCUGACGCCUACACAUGUUCGUCGAUUUUGGGGGCUCUUGCUAUUUCAAGUGAAUUAGGCGAACAGCUUCACGGAUAUACCAUUAAAGUUGGUUUUGAAACAGAUGCAUCGGUGGGAAGUUCACUUGUGAUGAUGUACUCAAAAUCCGGGAGCAUCAGCGACUGUCACAAGGCAUUUCAGCAGAUUACAGACCUCGAUUUGGUUGGCUGGACGACAAUGAUAGCAAGCUACGCUAACAAUGGAAAAGGAUCAGAGGCGUUGCAGCUCUUUGACCGUAUGAAGAGAUCAGGAGUAGAGCCUGAUGGUGUCACUUUCGUUGGUGUGCUAUCAGCUUGUAGCCACGCUGGUUUAGUAGACGAAGGGCAUUUCCAUUUGCAAUCGAUGAUCAGAGACCACGGGAUCAAGCCUGGUCAGAAGCAUUACGCGUGCAUGGUGGAUCUUCUUGGCCGAGCAGGGCGGCUAGAAGAGGCCAAGAGGUUUAUCGACAGCAUGCCUGUGGAACCGGCCGUUUUAGUGUGGGAGACUUUGCUCGCUGCUUGCAAAGUGCACGGUGAUCACGAGCUAGGGAAGGUGGCUGCUGAGAAGAUUCUUGAAUCGCAGCCUAAUGAUGUCGGAACCUACAUUUCAGUGUCGAACAUCUAUGCAGAGGCGGGCGAAUGGGAUCACGCGUUGAAGGUUAGAGAAGCGAUGGGAGUGAGGAGGAAGGAGGCCGGUUGGAGCUACGUGUGAACUAUGCUCGUGAUGCGAUCGGACGUGGAUGGUUGAGACGGAACGAACCUAAGAAGGAGCUGAGACAUGCUCAUGGUUCUGAAGUGAAGAGAAGUAUAGGCUAUUGUUCUUGUGUCUUCAAAAUUACUCCAUGAGAAUUGAAAUAUAUAAUUUUUUUUAUUUAAA